UGCUAUUAAUUAUUAUGUGCACUUACCGUGCUGCAUAUUACGUGGGUGUAAUGUAUUGAGAGAAUGUCUGUGUACCUCAGCUGUUACACAACUGUGCUAUCGGUAUUAUUACACCUUAAAAAAAAAAAAAAGACAUAACGCCCGUCAAACAAACCACAUAAACUAUGAUACAGUCAGUACCACAAGUAGUGCAGGCUUUGUUUAUUUAGGUAAUUUAUGUAAAAAAAAAUAAAUGAAUAAAAAUCGCUGUACAUACUGUAACUACAGCAGUGUGCCUUAAAGGACAAAGAGAAGAGAAGCGUGAAGACAGAGUGUACAGACUAGUCUUUCAUCAGAGUGGAAAGAAAGAGGGGUAUAUAGACAGUACAAUGGCCAAAGUGGAAGCACAAUGGCUAGAGAAAAGUAGCAACAGGGGACUCUUAAUUAUUGAUGUAUUGGUUUUUAACUAAUAUUAGAAUGUGAGCAACAUUAAGACGGACAGGUAGUAAAGAAGAUUCCAGUGAGUGUUCACGUGAUAAAUUAAAUAAAAGCUAACCAGCUUAGGAAGAUAUUGUAACUAUAUAUUUCUGCCCUUUACAUCAUCAUAAAAAACACCCUUUGAGUUUCAGUGAGACGCUAUAUUAUUCAUCUAUAUAAUAAGUUAAUGUUUUAAUUACCUUGACAUACUGCUCAUAGGGCUUGGAUGCCAAGUAAUAAUAUGAUACUUUAUAAACAUAAUGUUGCAUCACAGAUGUGGGAAUGUUCAAUGUAGCAUCACACAUUUGGGAACGUGUACACACAUGCACAAACAUCUCCUGACUGGUUGGUAACCACAUCAGUUGGGCUUGGGAUCAGUAAUUCUGACACCAGAACGCAACAUAUGUUCGUAAUUACCUGAUGUUGCCGGUAGCAAUUAUCAAAGGCGUCGUCUUCUUUGACAUGACUGAAACCCCAAACAACACACAUCAGGGAGGGAGUACUAGAGAGAAUGUGAAGCACAAUGACGGAUUUUGAAACAUAUCAGGAGUACCAGCGGAUAGAGGACUUUGAGGAAGAUUCCCCCCCAGGAGAAGAGGACCUACUAGUGCAUGUCCCUGAAGGCUUGAAAGAUUCAUGGCAUCAUAUCAAGAACCUGGAUCAUUUCUUCACAAGAAUUUAUCAUUUUCAUCAGAAGAAUGGCUUUGCCUGCAUGAUGCUGUCAGAGUUCUUUGAACUGGUACAAUUCUUGUUUGUUGUCACCUUUACAACUUUCCUCUUCAAUUGUGUGGAGUAUGACAUUCUCUUCGCCAACAAGGCGGUGAAUCACACCACCAAAACUGGAUCCUCCCUGGAGAGGAACAAGGUCAUCCUGACUGACGCCAUCCUGUCCAGCCAGAAAUGCACUGAGAGAAUCCAAGGAAAUGGUUGGAUCAUCUUCCUACUUAUUAUGGCUGCUAUAUUCUGGGUCUAUCGACUGAUCAAAGUGUUCUGCAACAUCCUGAGCUACUGGGAGAUUCGUCAGUUUUACAUCAAAGCACUGAAAAUAACCAUGGACGAGCUUUGCAACUACACGUGGCAGGAGGUCCAGGGCCGGCUGAUCAGCCUGCAGCGGGAGCAGCAGAUGUGUAUCCAUAAGAAGGAGCUGACUGAGCUGGACAUCUACCACCGCAUUCUGCGCUUCAAGAACUACAUGGUGGCCAUGGUCAAUAAGUCUCUGCUGCCCAUCCAGCUGCACCUGCCCCUGCUGGGCGAUGUGGUCUUCCUCACGCAGGGCCUCAAGUACAACUUUGAGCUCAUCUUCUUUUGGGGGCCUGGCUCCCUCUUCCAGAACAAGUGGAACCUCCACCCCAAGUACAAACGGGCCAGCAAUCGUCUAGAGCUGGCCACCCAGCUGAGCCGCAUCAUUCUGCUGGCAGGCCUGGCCAACCUGCUGCUGUGCCCCUUCAUCCUGGUCUGGCAGGUGCUCUACGCUUUCUUCAGCUACACAGAGACCAUCAAACGGGAGCCCGGAAGCCUUGGUGCUCGCCGCUGGUCACUCUAUGGCCGUCUCUACCUGCGGCACUUCAACGAGCUGGAUCACGAGCUGCACGGGCGACUGGGACGCGGAUACAAGCCUGUCUCCAAGUACAUGAACUCCUUCACCUCACCGCUGUUCACGGUCAUUGCCAAGAACGUGGCCUUCUUCUCGGGCUCCAUUCUGGCCGUGCUGAUCGCGCUAACUGUCUACGAUGAGGAUGUGCUCACCGUCCAGCACAUCUUGACCGCCAUCACCAUAUUGGGCGUGGUUGUAACUGUCACAAGGUCUUUCAUCCCAGACGAGCACAUGGUCUGGUGUCCAGAGCAGCUCCUGCAGUGUGUGCUUGCCCACAUUCACUACAUUCCCGAUCACUGGAAGGGGAAUGCCAACAAAUCUGAGACCAGGGAUGAAAUGGCACAGCUCUUUCAGUACAAAGCGGUAUUUAUUCUGGAGGAGCUGCUCAGCCCCAUCGUCACUCCGUUUAUUUUAAUCUUCUUCUUGAGGCACAAGUCCCUGGAGAUCAUCGAUUUCUUUCGCAACUUCACGGUGGAGGUGGUUGGGGUCGGGGACAUCUGUUCCUUUGCCCAGAUGGACAUCCGCAAACACGGGAACCCACAGUGGCUUUCGGAGGGGCAGACAGAAGCCUCAGUGUAUCAGCAGGCCGAGAAUGGCAAGACAGAGCUGUCUCUGAUGCACUUCACCAUCAAGAACCCACGCUGGCAGCCCCCUCAGGAGAGCUCCUUCUUUAUCAGUCACCUGAAGGAGAAGGUACAUCAUGACGCCGCUGGCGCCCCUCCUGCUCAGCACAUCCUGUCGGAGACCCCAUUCUUCUCCUCACUACUCUCCAACGAGUCCGGAACUGCGCCUGAUAACUUGCUGGCCAGCGUUAUUGCCCACCCAGUCCUCACUGCUUCAGGACUGCCAGGGAGGGACAGGCACUUCGUCCAUCCCAGCACCACUGCUUCAGCAGCGGCCAGUGUCCUGGCAUCUCUCUCCACCUCCCAGCAACCCAGCCGGACCCGUUCCCACAUCCUGCUGCCUUCCACCUACCCUGAGAACCCCAUGUACCGCAGUGACAGGACCGUCAUAGAGGAGAGGUACCCCAUACACAUGUCUGGAAGUGACUCCCGAAUCCAGAAUAUCAGUCGCUCUGCUCUGCUUUCAGAAAUUGCAUCGGCUGAAAUGAGCCUCCAUGCCAUCUACAUGCAUGAGGUUCACCAACAGAGCUCGCAUCCUCAGCAGGUAUCUGGACAGUGGCAGGCUUCAGUCCCACUAAGAGACCUCCAAAGCAACCCAGGGUCUUUGUCACAAUCCAGCCAGCCUGAGAGCCUCUCUGGCCUCUCCCAGCUCCGUCUCAGAGGAUGGGCAGAAGAGGAGGAGAUUGUCAGUGAACCACCUGCACUCUCUGGGUCUGGAGUCGGGAGCUGAAAGUGCCUUCAAACACAAGAGGUUAUACCACUUGGAUUUUGAAGAAUGGUGUGGCCUUUGUAAACACAAUCAGUGUUCAGUGUUUCAGCCUGCUGUGUAUUGUGGGGGAAAAGGAGCUGCUCUCCCGAUCUUCCAGUUACACAAGCAGAAGCAAGAUGUCUUCCAGAAUUUUUUUUUUUUUUUAGCUAUUUUUUAAAACACAGACCUUGUUACAAACUUUGGGUGUGUGUCGCCCAAGCCAUAGGACUUGGCCAUGAACAGCAACUUUUACAAAAUACAAAAAGCAUAAGCUUGACUUCACUACUUGAAAACCUAAGAGUAAGGUAACAACAUGUUUUACAUUUUUAAUACAAUAUUGCAUUUGAUAACAUGAAGAGAAGGUGUUUACGUUUAUAAUAGCAAUUAUUACAAAUCUGUAAUUCUGUUUGUUUUGAAGUGACGGACUAGUCACUUUGGGAUGUGCCUAGUUCCCUUCUUGAACUUAGAGCUAAUAUUUUUGUCAAUCUUUCUAUCAUAUCUAGCAGAAAGACCUUGGUAGUUCACAUCUGGGAUCACUAAAUAGGUCUGAUUUAUAAUUUAAUUUUUGUUUAA